AUGUUUUUGGUGGCAGUCCUCUGGCUGGUCUUCUUCACGGCCCAGGCUCAGCCUCCGGGUCCUCCUGGUUUUCCUCCCUAUAACCCACCUACAUUACCUCCAUACAGACCUCCUACCCAACCGCCCUACAUUCCCACUCUACCACCUUACAAACCUCCCACUCAACCGCCGUACUGGCCUACUCUACCUCCCUACAAACCUCCCACUCAACCGCCGUACUGGCCUACUCUACCUCCCUACAAACCUCCCACUCAACCGCCUUACUUCACCACCCAGCGUCCCUACUGGCCCACCACUACAGCCUGCACUCCAUAUUCCUAUCCUCCUUGCUAUGUGGCUACAAACAAGGACAUGCAGGCGGCAAUUGCAAGUACCGCCUCGCUUACUUCGUCUCUUGCUUCUUCUGGAAAAGAUUACGCCAGCACUGAUCUGUUACGUAAAAUCUCCACGGCUCUGCGGUCUAUCCAGUACCUGUCAUAUGAUCAAGUGACGUUGGCUAUGCUUUCGCCGGCCAUUAGCAAGAUGAAGACGACGACCGCAUCGGCGUCGUACUACUGCAAGCAGCAACCAAUUUCAUAUGCUGCGAUGACGAAUCUGAGCCAAAAUCUAGUUUGGUGGACCAACAACGGUUACAAUCCAACGCCACAACUAGUACAGAAUCUGUUCAACACCGCCAGCCAGUUCCUUGAACAGUACUGUUAA